AUGGUAGUACUUCAUCAUCAACAUCUUAUUCUUCUAGUAGUUUUCAAUUUUCUCCUCCUCUUUGCUGCAGAAUCAGUCACCUUGGAUACUGAUCGACUUGCUUUGUUGGAGUUUAAGAAACAAAUAACUGAUGAUCCGUAUGGAGCACUGAGUUCUUGGAACGAUUCCAUCCAUUUCUGCAACUGGGUUGGGAUUACAUGUGGCCAUCUUCAUCCACAACAGGUUAUCAACUUGGAUUUACAAGGGAAGGGUUUGGGAGGAAGCAUAUCUCCUUCCAUAGGGAAUCUCACUUUUCUUAGUCUCCUCACCAUUUCAAACAAUAGGUUCCAUGGUCAAAUCCCUCAAGAAAUUGGUAAUCUCAAUCGACUACAAAUCAUUAGCUUUGCUAACAACACUCUCGGAGGAGAACUUCCUACCAGCUUGCCCAAUUGCACUCGUCUAAGGGAAAUUUACUUCUUCCAUAACAAUCUUGUCGGGAAGAUUCCUGUUGAAUUAUUUACGUCUUUGUCAAAGCUGGAGAUAAUUUCUAUUAAUGAAAAUGACUUAACAGGAGAAAUACCAGCUUCUUUUGGGAACAUUUCCUCCGUCCGAGUUAUCUCUUUGGCUGGAAAUAAACUUCAGGGGAGCAUUCCAGAUUCCUUUGGUCAAUUAACAAAUUUAUUCUAUCUAUCACUUGGUCUAAACAACCUAUUUGGUAUGUUUCCUGUCUCACUAUACAAUCUCUCAUCUCUUCAAACAAUUGAUAUCGUACAAGGCCAAGUGCAUGGGAGCCUUCCACGAGACAUAGUCCUCACUCUUCCAAAUCUCCAAAUUCUAUUAAUUGCAGAGAACCUUUUCUCAGGUAGCAUUCUGGGUUCCAUCUCCAAUAUUUCAACAAUCAAAGUACUUGAACUCGGUUCCAACAGUUUUGUUGGAUCCAUCCCAAACAAGUUAGGAGAUCUUCAAAAUCUUCAAUUAUUCCUAAUUGAUCAAUUUGGAGGAGGGAAAGUUGAUGAUUUAGAUUUUGUUAAUCCUUUGGUCAAUUGUACACUUCUAGAACUUUUAGACAUUGAAGGUAAUAGUUUUAGGGGUCUCAUUCCCAACUUUAAAGCCAAUCUCUCAACACAGCUCUCAAUACUUCAUUUAGGAAUGAAUCAAAUAUCUGGAAACAUUCCUGCUGGGAUUGAGAAUCUUGUCAACUUAACCUCAUUGGCCAUGGAGCAAAACUUUCUCGAAGGUAAUAUUCCAUCUGUCAUCGGGAAACUUCCAAAGCUUCAAAGAUUAUUCUUGGGUGAUAAUAGGCUUUCAGGACAAAUACCUUCCUCUAUAGGCAAUCUCACUAAUUUGUAUGAACUCCAUUUAGAAAACAACAACUUGAAUGCUAGCAUUCCUUCUAGCAUUGGAAAUUGUCAACACUUACAAUCAAAAAGUAAACCUCCAUCCACACCGUUAAUCGGCGUUCAGUUCUUAAAGCUUUCUUAUAGAAAACUCUUCCAAGCUACUGGAGGAUUUUCUCCUGCUAAUUUCAUAGGUUCCGGUAGUUUUGGCUCUGUAUGCAAAGGGAUUAUAGACCAAGAUGAAACAAUUGUCGCAGUCAAGGUACCCAGCCUUCAAAAUUCAAGAGUUGACAAGAGCUUUUCGGCUGAAUGCAAAGCAUUAAGAAACAUUCGACAUCGAAAUCUUGUCAAGAUUUUAAGUUCUUGUUCGAGUCUUGAUUCAAAAGGCAAAGAUUUCAAAGCCCUUGUUUAUGAGUUCAUGCCCAAUGGGAAUCUAGACAAUUGGUUGCAUCUACCAAUGGAGGCACAAUAUCAUUCAAGGAAUUUAAGCCUUCUUCAAAGAUUAAACAUCGCAAUUGAUGUGGCUUCUGCAUUGGAUUACCUUCAUUACCACUGUCAUGCACCAAUUGUUCAUUGUGACUUGAAGCUAAGCAAUGUUUUACUUGACAAUGAUAUGAUUGCACAUGUCAGUGAUUUUGGUUUGGCGAGGCUACUUCUAGAACCUGAUGACGAUUCAUCUCAGACUCAAACUAGUACCAUUGGGAUAAAAGGAUCUAUUGGCUAUGUUGCUCCAGAAUAUGGAAUGGGUGGAAGGGCAACUAUACAAGGGGAUGUGUUUAGCUAUGGGAUCCUGUUAUUGGAGAUGUUCACAAGAAAAAGGCCAACAGAUUAGAUGUUUAUUGAUGACUUAAAUCUCCAUAACUUUGUAAUAGCAGCUUUACCUGUACACAUGAUGCAAAUUUUAGAUCCAUCACUCCAACCCAAGGAAGAACAAAGUGAAGAAAUUGAAGAGGUUGCUAUCAAUAGGACUGAAGGUUCUAGUCAUAGGAUAGAUCAAUGGCAAGAUUGCAUAAAGUCAAUAUUUGAAAUUGCACUUCAGUGUUCAAUGGAAUCUCCAGGAGAACGUAUGAACAUGAAUGAUGUUGUGAGGGAACUACAUUUAAUCAAGGGGAAAUUUUCUCAAAGCAAUAAUCUAUCAAUACAGAGCAACUGCGCCUAAUUAAAAGGUAAUUCUAAAUUUAUUAUCUUUGUAUUUAUUGUGUUGUCUUGGCUGCUUAAUGCUCAUGAAAACUGGGGAAAAGAAAGUUCUAUAU